AUGGACGAGAUCCAAUCCGUUGGUACUUCCACUUUCGUCACGACAUCCAAUUUUACUAGUCGAUCUAGCUCUUCUUUAAUCGGUUUCUUGAGGGCGAUUGGUACUUUCCGAACAGGUGUUUUAGUGGGUGGAAUUUCUUUAUUAACUUCGAGAUGCAGCUUCUCUUCAAAUCGGCCUUCACCUGUGAACACGUCUUUGUACCCGCUGAAGACUUCAGAUAUAGCAGAUCUUCUACCCAACUUGGCAAAGUCCAAAGUAUUUUCCGUGGUGGAUGCAAAGAAUGGAUUUUGGCAUGUACAAUUAGAUCAAGAAAGUAGCUAUCUAACGACGUUCGCAACGCCUUGGGGCCGUUACAGAUGGAAGCAGAUGCCGUUUGGAAUAUCUCCAGCUCCAGAAGAGUUUCAACGAUAUCUAGAUUUAGCACUGGAAGGAUUGGAAGGAAUUAAAGCAAUUUGUGAUGACAUACUUGUCUGCGGAGUUGGUGAAUCUUAUGAAGAAGCAGUGCAAGAUCAUGAUAACAAGCUGGUGAGUCUGCUUGAGCGCUGCAGAAGUAACGGAAUAAAACUGAAUUCAAAGAAGCUGCUGUUUCGUCGCAACCAAGUGAGUUUUAUGGGUCAUUUAAUCACGUCAAAGGGACUGAAGCCUGAUCCAGCAAAGGUGGAGGCGAUCCAGAAGAUGCCGAUACAAACAAGCAAGCG